UGCUGAUGGUCAGCUGAUGUGUCAGACGGACCGCAGCCUUCAAGCGUUGUUUUGUUGACGUUUAUUUGAACCAAAGGAUUUCUGGCGAUUGCAGUCGUGCUUGUAUUAAUGCUAAUCCAUACUCAUUAUUCCGAGAGACCCUCUUCAGUAUUCGCCAACACUGUGUAGAGAGUAACCGAACAAUGUCUCCAUUGAUCUCAGCAGCCGCUGCUGUCAAUCUGUUGACGUUUUCAUCGCUAGUUUGGUUUCUUCUGACAUUAUCGGCACAAAGCUCCGAAGCAAAGAACUCAGAAGACAUCCGCUGUAAAUGUAUUUGUCCACCCUACAAGGAAAUAGAUGGACAGAUCUACAACCAAAACGUUUCCCUGAAGGACUGUAAUUGCCUCCAUGUGGUGGAACCGAUGCCUGUUGAAGGCAAGGAUGUGGAGGCGUACUGUUUACGCUGUGAAUGCAAGUAUGAAGAAAGAAGUUCUGGAACUAUUAAAGUCACCAUAAUUAUUUAUCUGUCUAUUCUGGGCCUUCUGCUGCUGUAUAUGGUCUAUCUUACGCUGUUGGAGCCUAUGCUGAAGAGGAGACUCUUUGGCCAUUCACAGCUCAUUCAGAGUGAUGAUGAUGUUGGGGACCAUCAGCCCUUCGCCAAUGCCCAUGAUGUGCUCUCUCGCUCUCGCUCUAGUUCCAAUAUGCUUAACAAAGUGGAACACGCUCAGCAGCGCUGGAGGAGGCAGGUCCAAGAACAGCGCAAGUCUGUCUUCGACCGCCAUGUGGUGCUCAGCUAAAAGCACUCUUAGUCUGAACUGUUAUAUGUGUGUUCUGGUACUACACUAAAGGCUGGGUCUUUUACAUGAUGUGCAACACUCCUGAAUGGUCUGCUGGUGCCCACAUUUAACAUUGUUUGUGUGUAUGUCUCUUUUUGGUGUAUGUAGGUUUCUUGUCUUGACCAAGGUUUGAGAGGAAACCAUGUUUAUUAUGCUGAUAUAGUCAGUUUGCAUUAAUUAACACUGUUCUUACAUUUUGAAAUGAUGAACUAAAAUUGCAGAAGAUGCAGCAAAGAAAGUUUACUCCUAAUGCAGUCCUAUCACACUGAAUUUAAAGUGGGGAUAGAAGUGCCAAUUGCCUCAUAAAAUUAGGUGAUCUAUUUAAUCUGUAACACUUUUUAUAUGAAGUUCAGAACUGACACUCACCCCAAAAUAUUAAUUUUCUUUUCAGUAAUUUGUUGUACAGUGUAAAAUUCACCCUACCACUCUUCUCUUUUUUACUCUUCUUUCAUACUGCAGUGUUUUCUGUUAUAUUAGAAUAUUAAUCUGUGGAUGUGUUUUGUCAUAAUCUCCCAUGAUAUGCUAUUUGAUUCUUCCCUAGCUUUGUGUAGAUUCAGGUUGAAUCUUCAUGACGCUUUCAUGAUGUUCAUUUUGGUCUUUGAGAUCUUGAAGACAGUAUUUUUCAAGGUAUAUUCUUUGAAGAUGUCAGAAUAUACACCGAUCAGCCAUAACAUUAAAACCACCUGCCUAAUAUUGUGUAUGUCCCCCUCGUGCCACCAAAAGAUUACCAACUCACAUCACAGAAUAGCAUACUGAGAUGAUAUUCCUUUAUUUACCAUAGACUUGUUAGUUUUAACCAGUCUGGCCAUUCUCUGUGGACCUCUCUCAUCAAAAAGGCGUUUCCAUCCACAGAACUGCCUGUCACUGGAAGUUUUUCGUUUUUGGCACAAUUCUGAGUAAAUUUUAGAGACUGUUGUAUUUGAAAAUCCCAGGAGAUCAUCAGUUACAGAAAUACUCAAACCGUCCCAUCUGGCACCAACAAUCAUCCAUGUGAGUAUUUCUGUAACUGAUGAUCUCCUGGGAUGUUCACACAGGACAGUCUCUAGAAUUUAUUCAGAAUGGUGCCAAAAACAUCCAGUGAGCAUCAGUUCUGUGGAUGGAAACACCUUGUUGAUGAGAGAGGUCAACAGAGAAUGGCCAGACUGGUUUGAACUGACAAAGUCUACAAUAACUCAGAUAACCGCUCUGUACAAUUGUGGUGAGAAGAAUAUCAUAUCAGAAUGCUUUUAUGAGAUUCGGGUUGGUGCCGUUUUGGUGGCAAGAAGGGGACCUACACAAUAUUUGGCAGGUGGUUUUAAUGUUGUGGCUGAUCGGUUUAUAUUAUUUGUCAAUAAGAUGUGUGUAUAUAUAAUAAUUGAAAUAUUCAGGUACUUGAUUUAAUGGAGCCUAAUUUACAA